AUCAAGGUAAAUGAUGAUAUGAAAUUCCUGAAUUCGGUUCAAAGUAUUCAAUAUUAGAUCGAAGUAUCAAAGAAAAUGUUAGAUCAUGGCCGAUGCACCUAGCCCCUCAGUGUUGUACUUUGACCCAAAGAAAACUACUGAAAAUUUUGCACGACUCUGUCAGUUCCUGGUGACAAUAUGCAGUGACGUCAUGAGAGAUAUUCUCAGCCAUUAUAUAAAGCCAGCCAAUCUAAGAACAGAGUUGGAUAAGAAUAGAUCAAAACUGGAAAAAAUAAUGAAUAAACUAGAAAAAGACAAGCUGUAUCCUCCACAUUCAUCAUCCAGUAGUGUUCCGCCAAUAAGAUCCAGAGAUCUGGAUUUAUCUUUACUCUACAAGAUUUUGCGCAAUAUAUGCAAUAUUCCGACACAUAUAGCUGGUUGGGGGGAACAUCCUCGAGCAGGUGAUUUUUCCUUGGCUGCAUGCAUAGAAAGGAUCCGUAUUUUACGUAAUUCCAUCUCUGGACACUCUACCAAUGGUACUGUUGAUGACGUGGAAUUUGAAGAUUACUGGAGAGAAUUAAGGAGGUCAGUUGUUGAGAUUGAGAAGGAAAUCACUGGUAGCGACAGAUAUGAAAGAGGAAUAGAUCAUUUAUAUGACUGUGACUUGAACCCGGCCAAAGCUAAGGAAUAUGUGGCCCAAAUUAGGAAAUGUUCAGGGGAACUGAAGGUUAAACGAGAGAGAAUUGAUCUGGUUGAAGAGGAAGCAAAGGCGAAAAGAGUAAGAUUGGAAAAUUUAGAGGAAAGACAAUCUUUGUUAGAGAAAAGUAAUGCGACAUUCAAAGCAAAUAUAGAGGCCAGACUUAAUGAAAUCGUAACGGGGCUAACCACUGUAAAAUCCGAUAUACUGAAAGAGUUAAAAUCGAUAGAGCUAAGAUUACAACAGGAAAGGGGAACGUCAUCAAUCAGAUAUAGCGGGACUGAUAAUUGUGGCGAAAUUUCUACAUCAACCUACACAACGAGCAAAUCAACAAAAACUAUAAAAUUCAAGCCUAUGUUACCCAACUCUCACUUCUCCAUGCAUGUGACAAGAGACAACAAAUGUUGGUUGUUGAUUUCUAGCUACAGCUUAGUAUCCUCCAGGUUAUAUCUUCUCGGUGAAGUCGGUUUCGACAAAGUAAUUAAAAUACCAAAGAUGUAUGACGCCGGAUUAUUUUACUGUAACAUAACAGUCAAUGAGAACCUCGAAGCUGUUUUUGUUUCCAGAAAAUCCCUAGUAGCUGCUGGAGCGAACGGCGUGUUCCGCAAGCUGUUUGAUAUCCCUGAAAUACCCACUGACUAUGGCCGUAUAUGCUUUAUGCGUUCUGGUGAAUAUAUUGUUCAAUGUCCAGCUGGAUUGUUCUUUGAAUAUAGUAAGAAAGGAGAAUUCCUGAGACAUUGGGUAUUAACUGCAAUUUCACACUUGCAUAUUCGUCAAUCGAGAUUUUAUCAAAAUAGUAACGAAGACGUCAUUAUCAUAGAAGAACGUCCCUGGGAAAGGUCCAGAGAUGUAUACUUUUUAAAUAAAGAUUUAAAAUUGAUUAGCCAAAUCACCCUAGAGAAUGGUGGAAUAACUCCGGUAUUCAACAAAGCUGGUCAUUUACUUCAUGGACAUGGCCAGUCAAUUGACCUACUAGACAGUAAAGGUCAAUUUAUCAAGACUAUUUAUAGAACACAUAGAUUCGACGAGAUAAGCAACAUGGCCUGUUAUAGUAGUGGUACAAUUUGGAUUCUAUACUCGUCUAAUGAAAUUGACAUAUUAAAACUGGAAUUCAUUUUAUAAUUUUCAAAUAUUUCAGU